AUGGGGUGUCACAAAAAACUUCGUAAAGAGACAAGUCCAAUUUUAAUUAAAAAACGUCCGAGUGGUGACAUCAUUGUUUUAGAAGGUUACACAACUGUAGAGAACCCAAACUUUGCUAUAGACCUUCGAUGCCCACCCAAGGACACUGGAGAAAUUUCCACUCACUUUAGCCUGAUAUUUUAUAACAGCCUAGGGGUUGACUGGUACAAUUAUGGUACGGAACGUUCUAGAAAUAUGGUUUUUUAUCAACCAUUUGACUUUAAGCUUCGCCAGCAGAUUAAAAUUGAAAUAAACACAAGGUCAGGGUUUACUCAGAUUGAAAUAAACGAAGAAUUAGGCGGGACAGACUUAGAGGUCAUUGGUUGUUAUGAAUAUUUGGAAUUUUACGGUGACAUAAACGUAGAUAAAAUCGUGAUAACAUGAGAGGAUCAAAGAGGACAUCAGUUGUAUUUUAUGUUUUUGAAUCUUAGGGUAUUGUUAAGCAACCCAACACAAAAUUGGGGGUAGGUCUAUUAAAUGAUGUAUCUCACUCAAAUCCAUUCAAGCAAAUACAUUAAACACACUGUGCAUACAAAUACACACAUGCCAUGCAUAUUUACUCAAAAUAAACUUAAAGUUUCGUUUAUUGUUCAGUACAAACACUAAUAAAUAAUGUUUUUAAAACUUCCCUUUGACACACAUUUUUUUCGCACUCACAAUUUUACACAAAUGAACCAACAAAAAUUAUAAAUAUUUUAAAUUAUUUAUUUGUGUGUAAAUGUAUGUA